AUGUCAUCCAUUUUAAACAGCAUUGCUAAAAUGAGAUAUAAAACAAAAGCCGUAUUUUCAGGAGUGACAGACGUUGUAGUUGUAGAUCAGGGGGAGGAGAAGUAUGCAUCAACUCCUUUCAAUGUGAAGUUUGGUAAAUUGAAAUUCUUAAAUGCUGGAGAGGAAUUGGUUAUUGAGACAUUGAAUAUAAAAGAGAAAUCAACCAUCAAAUAGAUGAGUUUGAUAAAAUUAGUAAUUUUCAUAAACGGAGAGAAAAGGGAUGACAUCCAAUUUUACUUGGAUGACGAUUAGAUAGGCCAUUUUGCAUAUGACUAGAAGGCAGAUAUAGAGGAACUUAAAUAGAAAUAUUUGGAACAGACAAAACAAAAUAUGAAUCUACAGCAAUAACAGGAAUCUAAAUUGAUUCCAUAAAAUAAAUUCUUAGUUUUGUCUAGAGUGCCUACUUCAAAAACCAUUCAAAGUUUAAAGUUAAAGCAUGGAUUAAACACAAUUACUUAUGAAGUGGAGUGCAAGAGGUUGGGUUUGUAACAUAUUGAAUGUCAAUUGUUUAUGAUAAAAUAAAACCAGAAGAUUUUCAUAAGUGACAUCGAUGGAACCAUUACUAAAUCUCCAACAAAAGGUAUGAUUCUAUCUACAUUCGGAAGAGAUUACACAUAAGAUCACAUAUGUGAGUUUUACAAUAGGCUCACUUAGAGGAAUUAUCUUAUUUUAUACAUGUCUGCUCGAUCGAUGGUAUAAUACGAAAGUACCAAAGAAUAUCUGCUCAGAUAAUAACAAUAGGGUAUCUAAUUACCUCCAGGCCCACUGUUUUUGUCUCCCUAAGAACUAUUAGAGGCUUUUACUAUAGAGGUUAUCAAGAAACAGACUGACAUUCUUAAGUCACAAAUGUUAAACGAUUUGGUCUUCACCAUAGGAGUAACUGGGACAAUUUAAGGUGGAAUGGGAGAUAGAUUGAACGAUAUUCAAGCAUACAAGAUGGCCAAUAUCGAAUAUGAAAGGAUAUUACUGAUAAAUAAGAAGGGGGAGAUAGUUCGAGUGAAUAAUGAAAUGAAAGAAGAAAAAUUCACUAUAAAAGAAAUUAUUUAAAAGAUGGAUUAAAUUUUCUGA